UUGAUAGUAGUUAUACAUUCAAUGGCUUCAGUGUGAUAUGAAUCUUUGACUUUUUUAAUUUAUUAUUAUUAUUGCGUGUUGAACUUAAUUUUUAUUGCUACUUGAUUGAUUACAAUUUGCAGCUGACUGUUCUUUGGACUUUAUACUUUGUGCUGACCUGACUCUACCAAUACCAAACAAAAGUGCGUUCAUCUGGUGCAAAGUAAAAAAGUAUUAUAAAAGUGAGUUUUGUUCGACCUAAGUAUAAUGGCUUUGCAAGCUGGUAAACAUUUUCUGAAGCACAGUAUUACUUCAGGUGUUAAUCAAGGAUUUAUUCGACCUAUCUCUGUAAGUCACCAACGAAAUGCACCUCGAAAAGGUUUGCCAGACAAAACGGGCAAGAAUAUAGUUCUUAUAGAUGGUGUUAGGACACCAUUUUUAAUGUCGGGUACAGAUUAUUCGAAACUUAUGCCACACGAUUUAGCGAGACACGCUUUAUUAGGAAUUGCGAAGAAAACCGGACUUCCGAAAGAACUUGUCGACUACAUUGUUUAUGGCACUGUGAUUCAAGAGGUUAAAACAUCAAAUAUUGCACGUGAAGCCGCACUUGCUGCGGGGUAUAGUAAUAAAACCCCAGCGCAUACUGUAACUAUGGCUUGCAUUUCUUCAAAUGCAGCUUUAACAACAGGAAUCGGUUUAAUUUCUGCCGGUGUGUAUGAUGUAAUUGUUGCUGGUGGUGUAGAGUUUAUGUCCGAUGUUCCAAUCAGGUUAAAUCGAAAAAUGAGAAGUCUUUUACUGAGAGUAAAUAAAGCGAAAACUUUAGCGCAACGUUUACAACUGAUGCUUUCCAUUCGACCUAAUUUCUUUGUCCCAGAUCUUCCAUCCGUGGCCGAGUUUUCUUCAGGUGAAACUAUGGGUCAUUCUGCAGAUCGUUUGGCAGCAAGUUUUGGUACUACGCGGAAAGAACAAGAUGAUUUCGCAUUAAGAUCGCAUACGUUAGCGCAUCAAGCUCACGACAAGGGGUAUUUGACUGAUUUAAUGCCAAUCAAGGUGCAAGGAGUCGAUAAGACCAUCGACAAGGAUAAUGGUAUUCGAGUGUCUAGUCCAGAACAGUUGGCGAAACUAAAACCAGCGUUUAUUAAACCGCAUGGUACAAUUACAGCCGCUAACGCGUCAUUUUUGACUGAUGGAGCCUCUGCUGCAAUAAUAAUGACUGAAGCAAAGGCAAAAGAACUUGGCCUCAAGCCAAAGGCAUACUUAAGAGAUUUUACGUUUGUUUCGCAAGAUCCAAUUGAUCAACUUCUGUUAGGGCCAGCAUAUGCUACACCGAAAAUUCUGGAUAAGACUGGUCUUUCUUUGCCCGAUAUUGACGUUUGGGAGAUUCAUGAAGCGUUUGCUGGUCAAAUUAUCUCAAAUCUGAAAGCAAUGGACAGCGACUGGUUUGCACAGAAUUACAUGAAUCGGAAAGGUAAGGUGGGCGCUCUCGAUAUUAACAAAUUGAACACCUGGGGAGGAUCUCUUUCGAUUGGUCAUCCAUUUGCCGCAACUGGAAUAAGAUUAUGUAUGCACACCGCAAAUAGGCUUGUUCGUGAAGAUGGCCAGCUGGGGGUUGUUACAGCAUGUGCUGCAGGUGGCCAGGGUGUGGCAAUGGUAAUUGAAAGACAUCCAGAUGCUUCCCCGAAUUAAAUCUUGUGCAGAAUUGAUGUCACACUAUUUUAAUUAUAAUUAUAUUUUAUAUAAAAAUAAAAUUUCUACAUUACUACAAUAUCA